GGUGGUACCGGGCGGGGCGGCUGGACGGCUGCUUCGGCGCCAUGGAGCCCCUGCUGUCUGUCGCCUUCCUUCUCCUCCUCUCCUUACUGCUGGUCCCCUUGGUGCUCCUGGCGAGGAGGCGCCGCAGCCGGCGGACACCUCCCUUCAGCCUCCUGGUGGUGGCCGGCUCCGGCGGGCACACAACAGAAAUCCUGAGGCUACUGAGCUGUUUGUCAGAGUCAUACUCUCCCAGACAUUAUGUUUUUGCAGACUCGGACACGAUGAGUGAAUCUAAAAUACGUUCUUUUGAACAAAAAAGGGCUGAAACGUUCUCCACUUCCCAGUUCACCCUCGAUCGCAUUCCUAGAAGCCGUGAGGUUAGGCAGUCUUGGACCUCCUCUGUGGUAACAACGCUGUAUUCCAUGCUUUAUUCCCUUCCUUUGACCUACAGACGGAAACCAGAUUUGAUAUUGUGCAAUGGACCAGGAACAUGUGUUCCUGUCUGUAUAUCUGCUCUUCUCCUUGGGCUUCUAGGAAUAAAGAGAGCAAUCAUUGUGUAUGUAGAGAGCAUCUGCCGUGUGGAAACUUUAUCCCUCUCUGGGAAGAUUCUGUACUACUUUUCAGAUUAUUUCAUUGUUCAGUGGCCUGAUCUAAAGGAAAAGUAUCCCAAGUCAAUAUACCUUGGUCGAAUAGUGUAACCAUGGAAGACAAGCUUUCCCUAACACAAACUCUGCAAGCUCCUCUCUGAAGAAAUGCAUUCCUGUAGUAAUUUAUUCUCAAGGAUUCCUGUUAAGAAAUGAGGCUGGUGCUGGAGAAGGAGACAACAAUAAAGAUUUAAGUACAUUUAA